UGCUGAGCCCUUUAAAUGGAGUGGCCUUGUCAGAUGACGGCAGUUUGCUGUGACUUUGCCUGCUUAGCUUGUGUUGAGUAUGGGGACAUGGCCACGUCCCUUUCCUUCCCAGCCUUCGUGUGGUGAAAGAGUGAUAGUAGUGACUGGUUCUAACAGUGAGAGAGGGGUGUUUGGCUCCAUUUGCCUUGUUAAGUGUCACUGCUGUGGUUACUAUGGCAGCAUAACAGGUUAUCUCCAAAAUUGGUGGCUUCACACAACAUUAAUAUUUAUCAUUGCUCGUGGUUUCAGGGGUCCAGAGUUCCAGAGCAGCUCAGCUGGCAGUCCUUGCUGGGGGUCUUGUGCAGGUUGAUCAGAUAAAGGCUGGGCUGGAGGGCCCCCUCUCCAGCACCCUUACACUGCACCUGGCACCUUGGCUGGGAAGUCCUGAGCAGCAGGGGCUCCCGGCAUAGGGGCUGUGGGGUGUGUCCAGAAAAAGAGCCAGGUAGUUGUAGUGCCUGCUCACUGCAGCUGGGAAGUCCCUGAGCCUCUGUCAUGCUCACGGGACCAUUAAACCCCACCUUUCCGUGGGAGCAGUGCUCAAGGAUCUGCAGUCAUGCGCCGAAAGCACCACACUCGCGGUCGCUGGUUAAUAACUAACGUCCAGCCGGAUUCUAAGUUGCUGUUCACAUGCUCUUGGAGAGAAAACUGUGUAGAAGGGAAGCUCCGAGGACGGAGUCUGGUGCCCCUGAGUCAGCCGUGUGGUUGGGCACCCCCUCCAGCAGUGCUGGCCGACUCCGCUGCUGUCUGCUGCGAACCCCUACUCUGGGAACCUGCUGCCCUCGUGCUGGCCUUCGUGUCUGUUACUGGGAAGCACCGUUGACUGUGUGCUCCAGGUCAGGCUCUGGGCACAGCAGACUAAGCAGGUGCUUAGCGGUUGUCCUCCCCAUUUUGUGCUUCAGAAGCCAGUGUGGAGGAGUGCCAGCAGCUAGGCCAGGGCCUCGGCUUGAACUUGGCGUCAGAGCCACAGCAACUGGAGGGUUCAGGUGAAGUGCCCGCCCGGCCUCAGCCUGGGGCCUGGGAGGUGGAGAGCAGCUGGCACUUACAGGGGGCUUUCUGCAGCCUGGUUGUCCAUGCACAGUCACUUAUUCUGCAAGUCUUCGCUGACUUCUGAGUGUCCGGCGGCCCGCUGCUGGAGAUGGAGGGGUGACGCACAGCCAUGAGGCAUCGUGGAUGGUAGAUGCUGUCUGCCUGAAUGGAGAGCCAUGAUGACAAGCACAGAGGAGACCUUCAGCCUGAAGCACAGAGCAGAACCAGCAGGGGGAACAGAUGACACGGUGCAGGGACGAAGGCAUCGUUAGCAGGAAAAGCCCUGUGGUGGGUUGCACAGCCUCAGACAGGCUCCCACAGGAGCAUUCAGAGCCGGUGCCCUUGGGCAGAAAUGAACGUGUAGUUGGAAGGCCUGGAAUGUGAAGACGAGGGCUGACCCUGGAUGGAGAUUGACAGCAACAGAAAGCAUGCCAGAGACCGGAGGUUGGGGCCAGCUCAGGAGGGCAGUGCCAGACCCGCAGCCGCUCCAGGGACAGACCGGGCAGGCAGGCCGCGAUGACUGGGUUUCCAGGUGGGAGGGCUGUGACCCAAGGCCCGUGCAUAUUUUCUAACACCAGGAAGAAGAAGAACCUAAAAGCCUGGCAGGCAUCGGGAGAAGGGACGCGGGUGUCACCUAUCCACCCGCCCAUGGCAUCCUGCUUAGGAAAUGACAAGGGCAUGCAGACACGAAGCUGGGAAGAGCCCUUGGAGAGGAAAUGCAGCCGUGAGGGUUAGCGCGGACCCAGCAGCGGCCCGGGCCCGCUGAGCCCGAUGGUCCGGAGCCGCAGUGCUCACUGGUUCGGACCGAGGACACGGGCUCCCGACCAUGGUCACGCUUAUCACCGAGAAGCUGCAGAACCAGAGCCUGGACGACCUCGCCCGCAAGAGCUACGGUGCUGGCCCGUAUUCUGCGGAGAAACUGAGCAAAGGUGGCCAUUUGUUCCCUUUUGAGACCAAUGAAGCCAGGUGCCCUUGGAAGGUCGUAAGUGGAGGACGGCCCAUCAGAAGCCAGGCGGCCGCGGGCCCCGCUCUCCCCUUCCUGUCAAGCCCCUGCGGGCCUAGCACGGGCCUGGGUGCGGUCAGUGCCGUGGACCUCAGGGAGAGCUCGGGGCCACCCUUGGCACCGCCCACCAAGCGACACUGCCGGUCUCUGUCGGAGCCGGAUGAGCUGGCCCGCUGCCGGUCCCCGUGGCGCCCUGGCGGCUCCAAGGUCUGGACUCUAGUCUCCAAGAGGCGGUGCCACAGCGGCGGGAGCACCAGCCUGCCAGGGACCACUGAGUCACCCGGCAGAACCUUCCCCGUGGCUGGCCCCACUUCACCCCCAGCGCCCCGGCCAGCCUCAGCCAGUAGUGGCUUUGUGGACAGCAGGGGGUGCUGCUCAGGCCCUCCCUGGUGUCCUGUGGGUCCCUGUGCGCUGUCCUCGCGGCGCCGCCUGUCCCUGUCACAGGAGCGCCUCGCAGAUGUGGGCACCGCGCCGUGCACACCUGAGCCCGGCCGGCGGCUGCGCCUGCCCCGGAGCCGAUCACAGCCCUGUGUGCUCCUCGGGAGGAAGAGUCGGCUGAAGCGCCGGCGAGAGGAGGAUGCCCAGUGGCCGCGCCCGUCCUUGGACUUCCUGAAGAUGACACGGACUUUAAAAAAUUCAAAAAGCCUUUGCUCCCUCGAUUACGAAGAUGAUGAGGAUGACACCGGAGUGAAGACGGGCGUGUCCUCCCCACGUGACCCACACAGCCUCACGGGCCUCCUCACCACUGGCUCCAGCCCCCUGAGCGCGUGCCCCGGGCCCCAUCCCUCCAGUCCUAGCCUGUGGGCCUCUCGGGAGCCAGUGGCUGGCGAGGGUGGGAGUGGUGGGGACCCAAGUGACUGGGACAGCGCUGGGGAGGAGGCCAUCUUCCCUCUGGACCACAGUGAGCUGGACCUGGAGCAGAUCGAGAGCAACUGACCCACCAGGCAGGGGAGGUCCCAGGCAGAGGCUAUGGCUGCCAGUCUGUUCUUGGGGCACAGAAAGAAACGAGGUUACGUGUUAUUUUAAACAUUAGGUGUAAUUUUGGUUCAGUCUUUCCUAAAGAAGUAUUUUGCAUUUUGAUGGCUUUUACAGUUGUGGGGAAAGCAUCUCUAUUUUGAAAUGAAUUUUCAGAAGAGCAUUUGUUAACCGGGAGUCUGCAUCCAGACCCCAGUGCGGGUUGGUCUCUGUAAACGCCUGCUGUGAAGGGGCCGUGCGUCAUUUAGCUACUCGGAAUGAGACCUCGGGCACCGGAGGUCCGGGCCCCUCCAUGUACUCUGUCAUCGCAUGUGCUGAACUGCCAGCCUGCCACCUCCGUCCUCCCGCCUGCCGUCUGGAGCAGGACUGAGCUGCCGGGGGCUGCUGGCCGCGGUCGGCGCUCUCUGUUUUGGAGGGCGCAGGGCCGUGCGUACAGCGGUCCUGGAAGCACUGGGUGUGAGGCUUCAAUAAAGCCUUAGCUUUGCACAUGUGA